AUGCUCGGCAUCGGAGGCCGGCUAUCUGCCAUCGUUCCAAUUAUUGCUUCGGCUGUCGCUGUCGCACUUUCUAUUGUGCUGCUUGCAGCUGGAACAAACACAAGUAAUGGAGGCAACAACUACUGGUUGUCGCUAAACACAUCGAAAAUCGGUCAAGACAUUGUUCAAAUCAAGGCAGCCAACAACACCAACGGCGGAAAUGGAGGCGGCAGCAUUAUCCCGGGCAUCCCCGCACCCAACGAUCCGACCGGCAUCACGGAGGGCCUCGGGAGUGUUCUGGGAGGUUUGCUUGGUAACUUGACGAACGCAGUCGGUGAUGGUGUCUCGGAUAUCCAGGGCCAGCUCGUGGGAAACUUGACGCAGCUGUUGGGCGUCAAGGACAACUACCGGCUCUACCUGACAAAGAUGUGCGAAGCGACCUACGCCAAUGACAACGACCCGAACAGCAAAGUCACUUUUGACAAAUGCGAAAGCUACGAUAACACAGGAGCUGGUAUGUUUUCUCUACUUUACCAACAGUCUGCUCAUGUCAGGAAGAUUUUUGUACUAACGCGAAAGUCACUAGGCCUGCGAAACAUCACCAACUCAAUCCCCUCCUCCUUCGUCGUCGGCACCGCAAACGUCUCCGUCCCCCUCGUGGCCGCCAUGGCAGGAACACUAGACCAAGUUGUCGACCUCGCCAGCGGCGGCGCAAAAGCAAUGAUGGCCCUCCUCGCCAUCGGCACAAUCUCCACCGGCAUCGUCCUCCUCGCCACGCUGCCAAUCCUCAUCGUCGGCUUCAUGCGCGUCCUCGUCCUCGUCUCCCUCGUCUUCUCCAUGCUCGGCGCUUUCGUCCUCCCGUCCUUCGCCAUCGUCACCACCUCGCUCAUUUACGGCGGCAAGAGCAUGCUCAACAAGUCCAUGGCUGCGUUUGGCAUGCAGAUUCAGACGGGCGGGCCGUUUGUGGCCAUGGCGUGGGUUGCGGCUGUUGCAUCGAUGGCGGCGGCGUCGUAUUGGUUCAUAGUUUGGUUUGUGAGCUUUAGACGUACUGCGUUCAGCAGGCGUAAGCGUACGGAGAACGAAAUUGGUAACUGGCGUGGUAUUUUCCGCGAGGUGAAGGGGGAUAUGCUACAUACUGAAAAGGUGGAGGUCCUGCACUAUGUGUACUGA